UCAUCAUAUAGUUUCAGUACGGAAUUCUUAUAACGUACUUGCUCUGAUUCAUUUAAUUCUUUUUUAUUCCAUUCCAUCGAAAUUAUUUUAACGCUGAUAACGCUCGAAUAUUUGCCAUCUUUUGUCAAUUUCUACAAGUGUAAUACUUUUUAACAAGUAGAUUACAACAAUCAAGAUAUUUCCAAUCGAUCGACAUACGCAUACAUUGUAAGAAUAAUUAUCGAUUCGAAAUAUUUCUAAUCGAAUAAAAAAUAAAAUGAUUUCGAUACGUCAUUUUACUGUUUUGCGACAUGCCGCGGGUCUCGCGAAUCACGUUAAUAAAAUCGUGAAUGUGAAUUAUGCGUCAAAUUAUUGCAAGAUCGACGAGAGUAUCUUCGGAUUGAACAAUGAACAGAGAGAGCUUCGCUCACUUGCUUUCAAUUUCGCGCAGAAGGAAUUGGCGCCUAAAGCCGCCGAGAUUGACAAGAAAAAUAAUUUCGAUGAAUUGAGGGCAUUCUGGAAAGAAUUGGCAAAAUUGGGCUUUUUGGGCAUCACGGUGAAACCGGAGUACGGCGGUACAGGUGGCACAUAUCUCGAUCACGUAAUUAUCAUGGAAGAAUUGAGUAGGGCAUCGGCCGCUAUCGCGCUCAGUUAUGGCGUGCAUUCGAAUCUCUGUGUUAAUCAAAUCCAUAGAAACGGCACCAAGGAACAGAAACACAAAUACUUGCCUAAGUUGUGCAGCGGUGAGCACAUUGGUGCACUGGCGAUGUCGGAACCAGGUUACGGAUCCGAUGUGACCUCUAUGAAAUUACGAGCUGAAAAGAAAAACGAUUAUUACAUACUGAACGGUAAUAAGUUUUGGAUUACGAAUGGCCCGGACGCGGACAUCUUGAUCGUCUACGCGAGAACUAACCCGAACGCGGACAAACCGCAACAUGGUAUCCCCGCCUUUAUCGUCGAGAGUGCUACAGAAGGAUUUAGUACAGCGCAAAAAUUGGACAAGCUAGGAAUGCGCGGUUCCAAUACAUGCGAAUUAAUUUUCGAAGAUUGUAAAAUUCCGGCGGCCAACGUUCUAGGCGAAGUUAAUAAGGGUGUUUACGUGCUCCUCAGCGGAUUAGAUUUGGAACGAUUAAUAUUGGCUGCUGGACCUGUAGGAGUUCAUCAAGCUUCUUGCGACAUUGCUUUUGAAUAUGCUCAUUCAAGAAAGCAAUUUGACCAAUAUCUCGCGCAAUUUCAAUUGAUACAGGGGAAGAUUGCGGACAUGUAUAUGACUUUAACCGCGAGCAGAAGUUAUUUGUAUUCUGUUGCGAGAUUUUGCGACGCUGGUCAUACAAAUCGUAAGGAUUGCGCCGCAGUAUUGUUAUUUUGUACCGAGAAUGCUGUGAAAGCAACAAUGAACGCCAUGCAGAUACUUGGCGGUAAUGGAUACAUCAAUGAUUAUGUGACGGGGAGGUUAUUACGAGACGCAAAGCUUUACGACGUUGGCGCGGGUACUAAUGAAAUACGACGAUUGGUCAUCAGUCGUGCAAUCACUCAGGAAUACUUGUAACACAAAGAAAUCUGCAUUCCGUAUCAAUUUGGAGUUUUUAAUCAUUUAUGGAUAGGUAUAGUUUUUUUUUUAUAUAUAUUUAUAAAUCUCUAAAAAACUGAUAAGCACCUAAAGAUAGAUAAUAAAUAAAAAUGCUACCGUAUUUCAAGGCAAUACCGAAUUGUUCACGGCAAUACCGAAUUAUUCACGCAAUAUUCACAUUUAUAUAUUAUGCAGACAACUCGAGCUAUUCAUAGUGAUUAUAAUA